AAGCCCCUCUUUCUCUCUCGCUCGCUCUGGACUGGAGUUUUUGGUAAAUGUGCGCAAAAGGUGAGCUCUAAUGGCCGCUUUCGUCUCUUUCUUGGGUUCAAAAGCGUUCCUUUUUUAAUUAUCGAAAGUUGGUUCUUGAUGGGUGUGGUGUUUUCCUCUGUCAUCGAGCUUUACUGGUGAUACUGCUGCUUAGUUUCUUUAAACGAAUGGAGGGAACGGAGUCAUGGUUCUUCUUUGGUGGUGAUGGAAACUGGGAGUUACCGGAUUGGGCCCUGCACUCCAUUCAGAUGUUUAUUUUCAAUGAUUGAAUAAAAAAAAAUGUAGAGCAUGAAUUUUUCUUUUUUCAAUUUUUCUGCAAAAAUUCUUCAGGAUGAUAGUGUGGACUUCGUUUUCAACGAAAAAUCAGAAAACAAAUGACGUUGUUGUGAUCGAAUAGCCCGUCUUUUCCGAGGUGGAUAAGUAUCUGUAGAAGAUUGUAAGUGGGAGCCAUGACUGUGACAGUGGUUUCCUCGUGCAAUCCAUGUUUAGUUUGUCAUCCUGGCCGACAGAAUCAAUGGUAUGCCAAGACAUUCCUCGGUGCUGGACAGAAUAUCCAGGAUCUUAUUUGUUCUACAAGAAACCAAAUCCAACAUGAUUAUCGAGAGAAGAAGUUGACCCGAGUAUUUGCUGUCACGGAAGGUUCUACCGAGUCGAGCAAGUCUGAAGAGACUCUUCCAUCUUGGGCUCGACCAGAAGCAGAUGAGCCUCCUCCAUGGGUUCGGAAUGAAGGAGCACAGAAUGCGUCUCAACAGAGCCUUAAAGUGCCCUUCUUUGUUUACUUAUUAGCCUCUGCAGUGACAGCAAUUGCUGCAAUAGGGUCUAUAUUCGAGUACAUCAACCAGAGGCCUGUUUUUGGAGUUUUGAAUUCGGACAGCAUCUUUUAUGCCCCAUUGCUCGGCUUCUUCGCGUUCACCGGCAUCCCCACCUCGGCAUUUCUAUGGUUUAAAUCAGUUCAAGCUGCAAACAAGGAAGCGGAGGAGCAAGACAGGAGGGAUGGCUUUUUGUAGCGUCAAGUGCCUUGCAUAAAUUUCGGGGCAGAAUGACAAUUUUAUACGGAAUAUGGUUGUGUCUAGAUAGGUCUAAAGGCCGUGUUUCUUCCAGUCAGUUUUGCAGGGUACAGAAUGUUAAAUUGUAACUGAUGAUUUAUGUACAAACUCCAUGCUAUCGUCAUAGAAUUUCAGACAUAUUUGAUGGUAUUGUC